CGGGCCUGCGAUGAUGUGCCCAUAUAAGGUUAGCCCGAAAAUCUGAGAUGGGUUUCGUCGGGCCGGGAGAUAUUGCUCUCGCGCAAUUGAGUGUCGCCGGAGGGAGUUGGCCUUUUGGGUCAAUAUUCUGGUAAAAACCUCCCGGCAUCGGCGCAGGCGUUGCCUGGGGAGACAAUUUCAUCAUCAGCGGUCCUGGAUCGUUCCCUCGCUCACUCCUGACGUUCUGGAAAUGGAAGGCUCGGUUACCGGUUACCAAUACCGCGAUACAACGCAAACCGGGGGCCGGGUAUCGGUCAAUAUAGGUAUUUUAAAAAGGCCACGAGCACGGCGCCGGCUUUUUUUGCGCUCCCCCUCGUCGUCCAGCCCCUCACUCCACCCCGCGCUCUUCCUCCCCGCCCUUUCCUGUCAUCAUGCCCGGAGCGAUGACAGCCAGGGUCUCCCUCGCAGACACGCUGGGCGCCAUCUUGAUGGGGGUGAUUUUCUCUGCGCUGAUCUACGGUAUCAGCUCGCUGCACGGAUUCUUCUACCUGCACAAAUUCCACCACUACGACCCGUGGCUGCUAAAGGCUGCUGUUGGAAGCAUCUGGCUCCUGGAUACGCUUCACCUGGUGUUCGCGAUCUGGGCGAUCUUCUUCUACACCGUGUUCUGUUUUGGGAAGCCCGCGGCGUUGUUGGAAAUUCAUUGGGCCGCCAAGAUAGUCGUCGUCUUGAGCGUUGUGAUCGUGCUUCUGGUCCAGGUCUUUUACGUUUACCGAGUGUGGCGUUUGAGCGGGCUGAAAAAACGAGGGGUGGUUUCAAUCGCGAUCGUCGCGGUGUUAUGUGGUGCUGCGUUCGGCUUGCUGCUGGCUGUAAAGACAGUCCAAGCAUCGUCGUUUUUGGAGCUGUCGCGCCCGGAUUUGAGUGUCGCCACGCAGGCCUCGUUUGCCGUGGCCACAGCCGUCGACUUCGCCAUCGCCGGGACCAUGUGCUAUUACCUGUACUCUAGCAAGCGGGUGAUUCCUCGAAUUCGUGGCUCGCGGUUGCACGUUGCCAUCAACACCGUAAUUCACUAUACGAUAUGUUCAGGGCUACUCACCAGUGUUACUUCACUCGCUUGUUUAAUCACAUUUAUCACGCUCCCUCGAACUCUAAUAUUCUUUGCACUGUCGUUCAUCCUGACAAAAUGCUACGUCUUAUCGCUAUUCACACUGCUGAAUCUGCGGCGCGGGAAAUCCCUCACGCCCGAUGCGACGAGGCAGGCCGGAGAGUCCUCCAAUUCAUAUUCUAUGGGAUACCGAAGGAACGGUACCACCCACCAUCUUGACGUGUGUCCUAUUUUUGUCCCGCUCCUAUUCUCUCGCUCACCCUAUGAUGUCAAGACUAUGCACGACCGACCGGUAGUUGUUGGCGUCCAUGUUGAUGUUGAGCGCGGGAUCGACCCUGUUCUGGAUAUAGAUGGGAAUCUGAAAGCCAGUACGGACUGGUAG